AUGGAUGCCAAAGAUAGUGUUUCUCAAAUUUCACCCAUGAGUAACCGAACAUCAAGUACAGUUCAUGUGAAAGCAGCCGCAAAACGAGCUGAACUGUUAUGUAGGCAACGUCUACUGACAAAGAAACAAGAAUUAGAAUCUAGACAUCUUGCUGUGCAACAAGCUAGGCAACAGGAAGAAUUUAGACUGCAGAGAGAAAGGGAAAACUUCGACCUGCAGGUAGAAAUAGAAGUUUCUGAAGCCAGCAUUAGUGCUAUAGAGCAAUAUGAAGAUGAGUUUGAUCAGAAAAUCAGAUUCAAGUUGCCCGACGAAAUUCCUCAUCCGGCGGCAUGUGCAAGUUCUGUGUUGGGUGAUAGAAUUGAAGCUGGAGCAUCUGAAAAGGUCUCUUCAAAUGAAGAGCCCAACAAGAUUGAAAAUCCUUGGUCGAUACCGCAAGACUUUCAAGUUAAAGUAGAUGAAGUCGAAAACCGGAUGCCAGAAUUGACUCCGCAGGUGAAUAUAGGCCAGCUACACAAAGAUUGUGCUCAGCUGGAUCACCAUGUGCCUGAGCCAACUACAGCACAACGGUAUCAACCACAUUUGCAGCCCAUUUCCGAUAUCGGUGAGCUGACGCAACUUUUGAUCAAGCAACAAGUUAGAGCUGCGUUACCAGCACAACAGAUAGAAACCUUCAAUGGUGAUACACUGAAGUACACAAGAUUCGUCAAGUCCUUUGAGUUCGGUGUCGAAGACAAGACCACAGACGGUAGAGAUAGACUGAAUUAUCUUUGCCAAUAUACCUCCGGAGAGCCCAACACUCUGGUAAGCAGUUGUUUACAUUACCAUGAUGCUGAAGAGGGCUACAGCAAGGCUAAAGAGUUGCUAGCCAAAAGAUACGGCAACAGUCACAAGAUUGCUCAAGCGGUUUUAAACAAAGCCAAUAAUUGGCCUGACAUCAGAGCAGAAGAUGCUACCGGCCUGAAUAAGUUUUCGAUAUUCUUAUCGGAGUGCAAGAACAUGACAAAGUCUGUCAGCGCUCUCAGUGAAUUAAACCACACCCAGAGCAUCCAGAUGUUGGUCGAGAAACUUCCGUACAGACUGCGCAGCAUGUGGAGAAACAAAGUGUAUGAAGUGGAAGAAGAGAAAAAGAGAUGCAUUGUCCUGGACGAUCUGGUGAGUUUCGUAGAUCGACACUCUCAGAUACUCUCCAACCCAACGUUUGGAAGGCUACGUGAGACUCCCCACCUAGGCAAGAAUAACAUUGGAGAGAAGAACAAAAGAGUUCAAGUCAAGAAAGAGGCAUUUGGCACCGCUGUGAAUAGCCAUGCAGAGAAAGCAAGGCAGAAGAAGUCUUGUCAAUUCUGUGGCGGUAACUCCCAUCACGCUACAUUAGAAUGCAUGAAAUUCGCGCAGCUGAGUUGGAAGGACAAGUCGUCAUUCUGUUUCAAACACGGAUUGUGUUUUGGCUGCCUGGGGGUCGGUCAUACGAAAUCAAGCUGUAAACAGAGAGAGUUAAGUAAAUGCAGCAAAUGUCCAGGCAACCAUCCAACAGUUCUGCAUAAUGAUGAGAAAAUCACUAAGACGUCCCACCCAGCGCAGAACUCUCAGACCCAAGUUACAACGGGGUGUGCAGGUGUACUAGGGGCUGGGGCGAAUUUGCACGCAUCUGGCAGUCCUCGAAUGGCUAUCGUACCCGUCUUAGUAAAGGCAUCUUCAAGUCAUGAAUGCAUUGCCACGUACGCAUUUCUAGACAACGGAUGUGGAGCAGUUUUCGCAGACAGCGAGAUUUGCAGAGCACUGAAGGUGAGAACAAGGAAGAGAAGUAUAAUACUGAAAACCUUGAAUUCAGAAGAAGUUGUCGACUCUGCUAUCGUGAUAGAUAGACUCCAGUUGGGAGGGAUGAUAGAGGAGAACAGCUUCAUCGACCUACCUGAUGUGUAUGUCAAGAAUGACAUUCCUGUGUCGCCAGAAGACAUGGUAACGAAAGAUGAUCUGCAGGGAUGGACCCACCUGUCACACAUACAACUACCACAACUGUGCAGCCCAGCGAUUCCAAGGGUAACCCUAAUCAUAGGUAUGAACGUACCAGCUGCUACAACACCAAUUGAGGUCAUCAGAGGCAACUCGGGAGAUCCUUAUGGUGUUAAGACCCCUGUGGGAUGGGUCAUCUAUGGAGUGCCCGGCAGACCCAAAUCCCAACUUGAUGCGAACUACAUCAACGUACUAGAUGGCUUGACCAACCUGGAAGAUCAAUACAAGCACUACAUGAACUUAGACUUCAAUGAAAGGUUGGGUGAAAGCCAAGAUGAAAGUGCACUGUCAAAGGAAGACAUGCGCUUCUUAGACAUUGUCAAAGAAACUACAGAGUUUCAAGGCGGUCACUAUCAGAUGGCACUACCACUACAGCGACCCACAGUAAGAAUGCCUGACAACCGCUCGCUGGCAGAAAAGAGAGCUGUUUAA